AUGUCUACUCGUAGCCAAAACAAGCCUCCUCGAAGUCCCUCCAGUAAAAAUAGUAGAAUUGGUGAUUUACAUCUGGAAAAGCGAAGGAAGGUUGGAACUGGAAGAAUGGUUGGAGUGGCGAAUAAUACGGGGCGAGGGAGGCAGCCGUUUUCGUCGGUGAACAAUCGGCAAGAUGCGGCGGCCAAUGCUGGUGAUUUGGCAGGAACUGAGGGUUCGGAGUGUGGGACUGUGGAGUUUACGAAAGAGGAGGUUGAGGCUUUAUUGAAUGAGAAGUUUAAGGGGAAGAAGUUCGAUCUCAAGGGCAAAAUGGAACAAAUGAAUGACCACAUAAGAAAACUUAAGCUCUGUUUAAAGUGGUUUCAAGAAGUUGAAGAAGGCCAUAUCAAGGAAAAGGAAAAGCUAUGUAAUACAUUGGAAUCUGCCGAGAGGAAAUGCACAGAAACAGAGGUGGCUAUGAAAAAAAUGGAGGUGGAAUUAAAUUUACUUAUUACUGAGUUGACCGCGAAAACUACUUUGUUGCAAGAAAAUUUGGCAAAGGAAGAAUCAGAGAAGUUGGAUGCAAUUGAGUGUCAAAGAAGAGAAAAAGAAGCUAAGGUUGUCGCUGAAAAAUUGCAAGCUUCUCUAAAGGAAGAACUUGAGAAGGCUGAGCAGGAGAAAAUCAGUGCCAACCAGAGGGUGACAUCACUAAAUGAUAUGUACAAGAGAUUGCAAGAGUACAACACUAGCUUGCAGCAGUAUAAUAGCAAGCUUCAAACAGACCUUGCAACGACUAAUGAGACCCUCAAACGAGUAGAAAACGAGAAAGCGACUAUAGUUCAGAAUCUCAGCACUUUACGGAGUCAUUAUAAUGCAUUGCAGGACCAAUUGACUGCCUCCAGAGCUUCUCAAGAUGAGGCUGUUAAGCAAAAAGAAACACUCGUGAAAGAAGUUGGUUGCCUCAGAGGAGAAUUGCAACAAGUAAGGGAAGAUCGUGAUCGACAAUUGAUUCAGGUGCAGUCCUUAACUGCUGAAAUUGCAAGAUACAGAGAAAGUACGGGGAAAUCAGUCGCAGAGUUGGAUAACUUGACCCUUAAAUCAAAUGCCCUGGAGGAGACAUGCUCUUCUCAAAGAGAACAGAUACGCAUAUUGCAGCAUCAGUUAGCUGCUGCAACUGAGAAGCUUAAGAUGUCUGAUUUAUCUGCUUUGGAAACAAGGGCAGAAUUUGAAGAGAAAAAGAGAGUUAUGAGCGAAUUACAAGAUCGCCUUGCAGAUGCAGAGCUUCAAUUAAUUGAAGGAGAGAAGUUGCGGAAAAAGCUUCACAACACUAUUUUGGAAUUGAAAGGGAACAUUCGUGUGUUUUGCAGAGUGCGUCCCUUGUUACCUGAUGAUGGCGCUGGAACAGAGACGCCAGUUGUUUCUUAUCCUGCGUCUAUGGAAUCUCAAGACCGAGGGAUUGAAUUGAUACAAAGUGGACAAAAAUAUCCUUUCACAUUUGAUAAAGUGUUCACUCAUGAGACUUCUCAGCAGGACGUUUUUGUAGAAAUAUCACAACUAGUACAAAGUGCUCUUGAUGGAUAUAAGGUCUGUAUAUUUGCUUAUGGCCAGACAGGUUCAGGGAAAACUUACACGAUGAUGGGUAUGCCAGAAGCUCCUGAGAAAAAAGGACUUAUACCUCGUUCAUUAGAACAAAUUUUCCAAACUAGUCAAUUGCUUCAAGCACAGGGUUGGAAAUACAAAAUGCAGGCAUCAAUGCUGGAAAUUUACAAUGAAACUAUUCGUGAUUUGCUAUCAGUAAAUCGGUCAAGUGGCUUAGAUCUGGUGCGCUCUGAAAAUUGUGGCAUGGGAAAGCAGUAUGCCAUUAAGCAUGAUGCAAAUGGGAACACACAUGUAUCUGAUCUUACCAUUGUUGAUGUCUGUAGUAUAAAAGAGGUUUCUUCUCUUCUACAGCAGGCUGCAGAAAGCAGGUCUGUUGGCAAGACACAAAUGAAUGAGCACUCAUCCAGAAGUCACUUUGUUUUUACCUUGCGAAUAUCUGGAGUAAAUGAGAACACCGAGCAACAAGUACAGGGUGUGUUGAACCUCAUUGAUCUGGCUGGCAGUGAAAGACUCUCAAGGAGUGGUGCAACUGGGGACCGACUGAAAGAGACUCAGGCCAUCAACAAGAGUUUAUCUUGCUUGAGUGAUGUCAUUUUUGCAUUGGCAAAGAAAGAGGACCAUGUUCCAUUCAGGAAUUCAAAGCUUACAUAUCUUCUCCAGCCAUGCCUAGGGGGAGAUUCGAAGACCUUGAUGUUUGUCAACAUCUCUCCUGAUCCUUCAUCAUUUGGUGAAUCAAUUUGCUCUCUGAGAUUUGCUGCCAGAGUAAAUUCUUGUGAGAUCGGGAUUCCUCGUCGUCAGACAUCAAUGCGAUCUUUAGAUUCUCGGUUGAGCUACGGCUGAAGCGCUGUAGAGUUGUCCUGUUGUUUGUUUGUCUUGCCACAAUUACAAAAUGUUCUGAAUUUAACUGUUAUGCUUGUGGAUUGUAUCAAUAACUUGGGAUGUGUAGUUUCCAGUUAGUAUUGACUGGUCUUUCAUACUUUUGUCUGCCAACAAUCUCCCAACAUUCUUUCAUGGUGAGAUUGUUGGAAAAUUGAUAGGUUUGAUUGAUAAUUUGUUGACUAAAGUAAUUUUCUUUUCAAUUAACUUGUAAGACCAUCUAGCAUUUUGUAUUUUAAUAUUAAUUUGUGUAAUUGCUUUGGAGCAAAGUCUUUCUUGUGAUGGGUUUGUAA